UUAAUCGAUACUAUCGACAGAGGCAGGCAGCUGUGACGACAGAGACAACAAAAUCAAAGUCAACAACAAUAAAUAAAUAGAAAAAUUUACCAUGUACACACUCCUACACGGCUUCUACAAAUACUUCACACAAAAGGAUGAGUACUGUGUUGUGAUCCUCGGCCUGGACAAUGCUGGCAAAACGACGUACCUGGAGGCGGCCAAAACCAAGUUCACAAAGAACUACAAGGGCCUCAAUCCAACGAAAAUCACAACGACAGUUGGCCUUAACAUCGGCACCAUCGAUGUUGCGUCUGUCCGUCUGAACUUCUGGGACCUGGGCGGCCAGCAAGAGCUGCAAUCGCUGUGGGACAAAUACUAUCAAGAGUCGCACGGCGUCAUCUAUGUGAUAGACUCGAAUGACCGGGAACGCAUGGACGAGUCAAAGGUCAUUUUUGAUAAAAUGAUAAAGAAUGAGCUGCUCUCGGGUGUGCCACUGCUCAUACUGGCUAACAAGCAGGAUCUGCCCGAUGUGAUGGGAGUGCGCGAGAUUAAGCCAGUCUUCCAGCAGGCGGGGGCCCUAAUCGGUCGCCGUGACUGCCUCACCAUACCCGUCUCAGCACUAACCGGUGAGGGUGUGGACGAGGGCAUCAAAUGGCUAGUGGAGGCCACCAAGCGGCAUGCUUUAGUACGGCCGCCGCGAGAGAACGAUUGAACGAUGCAACGAAACACGCCGGCUGCAAUAGCCGGGCAGCAGCCUUAGAUAGUUAUAGCAUUAACGUAUGUAUAUUCUAAUAUUUAAGGCCAAAAGUACAGAGGUUACGUGUAGGCGGGAUAGUGUGUGGUGUAAUGCGGUGUGGUGUGGGGCCAACUGCGCUGUAGAUAAUUUUGUUAUAAAUGCUCCAAAAACCCAAGCGCUAGUCUGCCCCUGCUUUGAAUGCUUUAUCUUCCGCGCUCGCUGUGUCCAGACGUAUGUGUAUGUUCCAGUCCCUCAAUGGUGGUUGUCAAUGACGACUUUGCUUAUCCAAAAGAGAAAGAAAAAAAACACCCAACGCAGAUUGUUAUAUGUUCUCACGGCGUGGUGUUAUCAGCUCCCAAUAGAUAAGUGUGUGUAGUUUUCACCUCUAUCGGACUGUGCCACCAAUAUAAUACUGCAAACACUUGCAGUCACGGAGGGGGGCUGGGGCCCAGGCUCAUGCUGGGCCCAAUCCCCAUGAGGCAGUCCAUUUCAGUCUUCUGCAGGAGUUUCAUCGGGUCGGGCCAGUCCGUUUUUUUUCAUUCCGUUUACAACGUUAGAUUUCCCAACAAAAUAAUGAAAUGAUAUCCCCCUAAACUAGUAGUGCCUUAAACCUUCACUGACUCUGUGGCUAACACGAGCAGCAACCGAAUAAAGAGCAAGAGCAUCAGAAUAUACUUACUCAUA